AUGGAACGAAGGAGAACUUUAUGGGAUCCUUUGCAUAACUUGGCCCAGAGUGUUAAUCAACCUUGGCUUAUUUGUGGGGAUUUUAAUGCUAUCCUAUACCCAAAUGAUAGGCUCAUGGGUAACCCUAUUACUUUAGCUGAGAUCCAGGAUUUUUCAGACUGUAUGCACACACUGUCUUUAUCUAAAUUGCCAUGGAAUGGAGAAUAUUAUACCUGGUCCAAUAAACAAAAAGGUAGUGACAGGAUCAGUAGCAGAAUUGACAGGGCCUUUGGGAAUUAUGAAUGGAUGAUGUCUUGGGGACACGUGGAAACAAAAUAUGGCCUGCCUUUUAUUUUGGAUCACUCCCAUAUGAUGUUGUCUUUGUUCUCCUCUACUUGGAAGGGCAAGACACCUUUUAGAUUUUUCAAUGUUUGGGCAGAGCAUGCUUUCUUUAUGCCACUUCUUAUUGGCACUUGGAAGCAACCUGGUGCUAAGGGGAAAAUGCAAACUGUCUGGAACAAAUUAAAAGCUUUGCAACCCCAGCUCAAGCAACUAAACAAAGUGGAGUUCAAAGGUAUCAGCCAAAGGAUAGAGGUGGCUAGAGUAGAGCUUGCUGCAGUCCAGAGAAACUUAGUAGCUUCCUACUCUGAUGCAAUGCUUGUGAUAGAGAAAAUCUUGCUGCAGAAUUUAGAACAUUGGUCCUUUAUUGAGGAGAAGGAGAUUAAGAUAGAGAUCAUGAAAGGAUCCUCUGUUGGUGUGUUACCUGCUAUUAAUAAGAGAAACAUGCUGAAUGGCCUUACUAUUUCACACAACCAGAAGCUUGAUCUCUGUGCUCAAGUUAUUGACCAGAUUGAUAGGCCUAAAACUAUUAAGGAUUUUAGACCUAUAGCUUGUUGCACCAUUCUGUAUAAGUUGAUUUCUAAAAUCCUUGCUAAUAGACUCCAGAAGAUCAUGGCAGAUAUCAUUUGCUCUACACAAGCUGGCUUUAUUCCAGGUAGAAAUCUAGGGGAUAAUGUCAUACUUGCACAUAAGCUUGUUCAAGCUUAUUCUAGAAAGCAUAUCUCAUCUAGAUGCAUGAUCAAAAUUGACCUUCAGAAAACUUACGACUCUGUUGAGAGGAUUUUCUUGCAACAAAUCCUGGAGAAAGUAUUCAUUAUUCAGUGGAAACCCCUGAUAGAUAAAAUCAUUGCUAGAAUAUCAUCUUGGACUGCCAAGAAACUAUCUUAUGCUGGAAGGGUACAAUUAGUGCAAAUUGUGCUGUUUGGUUUUCAAGCAUUUUGGGCUCAGCUGUUUGUUAUCCCUGCUAAGGUACCAAAGCUCAUUGAUGGAUAUUGUAGAAGCUACAUUUGGUCUGGUGCAAAUGAAAUCACAAAGAAGUCUCUCAUUGCUUGGGAUAGAGUGUGCAUGCCUAAAGCCUCUGGUGGCCUCAACCUGUCAAACUUACAAAUAUGGAACAAAGCUACCAUAGGUAAAAAUUUUGCGAUCUGGCCAAUAAAAAGGACUCACUUUGGAUUAAAUGGAUCCACUCUUAUUAUAUCAAGGGUUAAUUGCUUAGGAAAAUGCCUAUUCCUGGUCAGGCCUGCUGGAUGGUUAGGCAAAUCUUUUGUGCUAGAGAUACUGCGCUCAAGUUCAAGGUGA